UUCACACGCAAUAUUGCUGCCAUUCUUAUAUGUCCUUUUUACAAAAAACUACUCUAAGAAAAUAUUCACACACGCACUUCCAGUAUGCGUCCUAUUCUAAUCCAUUUGACCGAUCUUUAGAUUCAUACUACAAGCGCGCUACAAGCAAGCUACAAGCAACUUGUCCUAUUUUGAGGUUAGAAUCGUUUUCAGUAGUCGACAUAUCGAUUAUCAUUCGCUGGCCUGGUCAGCAACAACGCUGGCAGGGCGUAGAAAUUCUCGGUGUAUCAUUGGACAGUCCUUCUGUGCAAUCGUUAUUGGAGUCUCAGACUCUAAUAACUGAAGUUGAAGAAUCAGCAAUCGAUCAAGAUGAGGAAGAUAUAUUUCAAUGUGGAAAAUGCAAAAGUCAAUUUACAUCAUUACACAUGUUUGUGCUGCACAAAAGGACACAUCAAAAAACACAAGAGCAAACAGUAGAUUUGAGUCAGUUUUUGGUGAAUGAUGAAACUCAGACUGUUCACACAGAAGACAAUAGCGAAGAUGUAUCACAAUUUCAUCCACAAGAAACAUUUGUUCAAAAUGAUCAACUUAGUGAACCAAUUAUACUUGAAGAAUCUGAUAUGCUAUUUAGUAUGGAUCAAGAAGGUGCUAAUUACUUUACAACAGAUUCCACAUUUAGUGUUCCAAUUAUAUUAAGUUCAGAAGGUUUGGAUACUUUUGCAAACUCUACUAUUCCAGGGGAUAACGAUCCCAUAAAAGAUGAUUCAAACGAAGUACCUCAAGUUCUCCAAAGUGAUAUUUCUCAAGAACAAAACAUUAAUAAUACACAUAAAGUCGACGUACCAAUGACUGAAAAUUCAAUGACAGAAUCUGAAACUACCGCUACUCAAACACAAAACUUAAAAUAUAAGUGUGGUUAUUGCAGCAAACAAUUUUCAAAAAAAUUUUAUUGGCAACAACAUGAACGUUCUCAUACAGGGGAAAAACCAUAUCAGUGUGUUGUGUGUGGACGUGCAUUCGCACAGAAAUCAAACGUUAAAAAACAUAUGUCGUCACAUAAAGUAUGGCCAGGAACCGCUAUACACUCCUUACCCCCAGAGGCACCACCAGAUGGAAGCAUAGAUCGCACCUAUCAUUGUCAGUUUUGCAAAGAAAUAUUUGAUUCGUACAAAGCUCUAAAGGGCCAUCUUAUAGUCUCUCACUUAGCACUGAAAGUGUACAAAUGUGUGCAAAGUAGUUGUAGUAUGAUGUUUGCUGAACUCGAAGAUUUCUUAGAACAUACUCGCAGUCAUAAGAGAUCGGAAUAUCGUUGUCAUGUAUGCGGUGAAGUGUUUAAUACUCUGUCUGAUCUUGGGCUUCAUCAAUACGCUCACUCCGUCCAAAAACAAAAAACAACAGAGAAAUAUUACUGUUGCUCUGUUUGUAAAUCCUCCUUCUCUAAUUUGGAGGCUUUGCAACAUCAUACAGAAACCACAACGCAUGACUAUGCUUGUCUACAUUGUGGAAAGAGUUUCUUGAUCGAACGAUUUUUGCGGCGUCAUUUAAAAACACACGCCUCAUCUGCGCGAUUUGCAUGCGAGGAUUGCGGAAAGGCCUUUAAAACUGAGCAAUACUUAGCCAAUCAUAAGUUAAUACAUAGCGAGGAAACACCGUUUCUAUGUCCACAUUGCCCAGCUAGAUUUAAGAGAAAAGAUCGUUUGGGUCGUCAUAUGCUGAUUCAUGAUCUAACAAAGAGAUUAAAGUGUCCCUUCAGAACUUACUUAGGUUGUAUGAGUGAAUUUUCACGACCUGAUAAAUUAAAGCGUCACUUACUGACGCACAGCAAUAUCAAAAGAUUUAGUUGUAGUCAUUGUAAUCGUAAUUUCCAUCGGGCACAAGCUCUUAAACAUCACGAAAUGAAUAAACAUAGUUUAAAAUGUGAAAUUUGUUCACACGCAUUCAAAACUAAAGAACAAUUGCUAACUCAUAACUGCGAUCAGUCGAACGAGACUAAGAAGCACAUGAGUUCACAGUUACCUAAGAAAGCUUCUGGUUCAUUUAAACCAAGGAAACCUACUCCAAAGAGACAAACAUCAUCAAAGACUGCAAUUGGGCUUGCUGAUAAGGAAAAAGUAGAGAAAUUUAAGGCUGAUGAAAUACAAAGAAAAAUCACCUCUGAAAUGUUAAAGUCUAAUGAUUAUAAAGAUGAUGUCUGUACCAAAAAGAUAGAGAACAUUUCUGUAUCAAAAGAGAUCGGUUCAACAAUCGAAGCUCUUAUUAAAUCUGAUGCAACGGACAAUGAAAUCAAACGCAACACUGAUACAUAUUUGGUACAACAGACAGGCGAAUAGAGUUUUUAAAUA